UAUGAACUAACCUUUACUUAUCCGCCAUAUUUUCGUUCCUCAUGCAAUAAAUUUAUUAAGAGAUUGAAAUGUUCACGUGAAAAUCGUACGUUUUUAUUUAUAUAAAUUCCACGUGCAGUUAUGGAUGGUCAAAAUAAUAACUUGGACAACAAUACGUCUCUACAGGAAGAAACUAACUCGAAUAAGUCCUUCGUGAAGAAAGUCAAAUCCCAUGUGUCGGAAUUACUGUCGACUUCAUUUGGGAAAUGGUUCAGCGGCGAUACUAAUAUACGGCAUAGAGUGUACGAUGAGGACGACGACAACUACGAAAUUCAACCUCCCUCGAAGAGAGUCAAAAUACCCACUCCGGAGUCGAAACCUUACACAAAUUCGUUAAGUAGCGAGUUUAACAAUUUUAGUCCAAUUUCGAGUCGCAUUGAAACACAAACUCGUGGAAAUAUCUUUGACAGUGUCGCCGGACCGUCGGGAUUACAGCAGAAAGAUAGAUCUGCAACGAUUAGGUUAUUUAAUGGGGAUAAAGAGUCCGAGAGUGGCGAGUCAGAUGCGUCUUCGGUAUCGAGAUUAAGAAAUACAACAGAAACUAGGAUUAAUUUUCACACACCGCCAAGUACACACAGUCGCUCACUGUUCACCGAUCGGCCCUACAAUUCGCAGUUAAACACGUCUCUAAGCUCAAAACGCCCUUCGUUUAACGCCUCUACUUUCGGUUCGCCGAACUUCGUCGAUAGGACGUUGUCGACCAAACAAAUUUUAAGCUCGCCGUUUUACAGUGGACGCACGGUUUAUGGGGGCGCGUCGGCGUACAGCGCUCGUCAAAAGAGCGCGCCCGACCGGCCGAAAAGUCAAAUACAAGUGAAACCCGUAAAUAAUUCGGUCGGUAACGACGUGAGCCUAAGCAAAACGGCUAGAAGGAUAUUGAACGCGUUGGAGGAGUUUAAUCCCGUUACGGAUGCGAAGAAAAUACCGUAUCCCAAGCAGAGAGUGCGGCCCGAAGGUAUUUUAUCGAAGUACGCAGGUGCAAAUCCUUAUGUGACUCGGGAGCGUAAGAUUCCCUUCGCUUUGAACAAGGAGCUGCAUGUACCGACUGUGCCAGAUUUGCUCAAAAUGAAAUUGAAGGAACGACUCCAGGACAGUACGGUGGCUGUACGGCAAAUCGCGACGACUUCAAAAUCUGUACUUAAUAGAGAUGAUUACAAAAUACGUAGCAAAGAAGAUGACGUGCCGAAACAUAGUAACAAGAUGAAGAACAAGCUCACAGCAACACGCCAGAAGAAUGAUAAUCAACAAAUUGAGGAGGUUAAGCUACCGGCGGUCACUUUACCGAUAACUACUCUGCCGAAGUUUGACUUUUCACUUCCGCCACCUCCAUCUAGUGCAAAGCAACCUCUUGUGACGGUUGCAUGUAAUGAACCCCCGAAAAGUACUACUCCGACAAGCUCAUCCGUUAUUAAAAAGAAAGCUGAUGCAGUUGAUGUAAAAGACCAAGUUGCCCAAUUUGAGUUUUCCAAUCCUCUGAUACUCGCCGACAAUUUAAAGUCGAUAAUCGCGAUUAACGAUUUUAAAUUCAGUGAUCCCGUAUUUAAACAAAGAGACAAAAGUGCUCAGGACGUUGGUGUAAAUUUCAAAGUGUCUACGUCUGAGAAUUUCACUUUGAAAAGAAAAAAUCAAGGUGUUCCCCCUGUUAUCCCCAAGUUAUCUAAAGGAAGUGUCGAGGACGUGUUUAAUACACCCGUAGCGGAAUCGUUGGACAAAUUUAAACCGGCAGCUGCUUUGUGGGAGUGUAACGUGUGUUUAAUCCGAAAUACGCCCGACAAGCUGAAGUGCGCCGCGUGCGAGGCCGCGAAACCAGGGACCGAGGCAGUUAAGAGUGAUGGUGCUGCGAAAACCGCGCCAUCUUUUGGAGACCAAUUUAAACCACCCAGCUCGACGUGGGAGUGUCCCACUUGUUUAAUCAGAAAUAAGGACGAGGUUGAAAAGUGUGUCGCUUGUGAGACUGUCAAACCGGGAUCGAAAAGCGCAGCUCCCUCGGGCUUUGGGUUUGGGGAUGCCUUUAAAAAGAAGGGAAACGAGUGGGAGUGUUCGGUGUGUAUGAUACGGAACAAUGAGGACAAGACGGUUUGUCAAGCUUGCGAAACUCCAAAACCUGGCACGAAAGUCGAUGAGAAACCGGCAAAGACUGUUAACGUUGCCACUUUCAAUUUUGGAAUUUUUCCUACGACUGCAUCCCUUACAAAGACAACGGGAACUGAAACCGUACAGACUCCCAGCUUUUCGUUACCAAGUACAAGUGUAGUUACAUCAACUUCGACCAUUCCCACAUUUACAUUUGGAAUUCCAGCAACGUCCGUAAUUCCACCAACGCCUGUAGUUCCAGCAACGCCCGUGACUGAGAGCAAGAAAGUCAUUGAACCAUUGUUGCCCAUAGCUAAAGUGAGUGAACCCAGCACUAUGGCAUCAAAACCUGUCAACGACGCUUCAAAGGCUCCAGUUUCAAGCGGUAUAUUCGUAUUUAGCGUUCCUCCAAAAGUAAGCGCAACAGUAUCAGAUCUGAUUCAAUCAGAAGCUACCAAACCAACAGUGUUAUCCACGUCACCUUCGGCAUUUACAUUUGGUAAAAGUUCCACCGCAAUCACUCCAUCAUUAAAACGCAGUGCCGCUGAUUCCGAUUCAGCCGCAGUUGAAAACAAAAAACCAUCAUCCGCAAUCACCUUCCAACCUCCCGCAAUUAAUUCCCCCAUUACCCCGAAACCUGCAGUUUCUCAGCCCACAACAACCUCAUCCAGCUUCAUGUUUACACCAACACCCACACAAUCUCAUCCCACCACUACGGCAUCAACAAACUUGUUCACCUUUGGCCCGACGAAAACGACGGCUUCUUCGCUAUUUGGAAAUACGGUCACCACCACACAGUCUCCAGUUUUCAAUUUUUCGCAUUCGGAAAAGCCGGCGCCGACUCAGCCCACUUUCGGCGGGACCACAGAAAAACAACCGGCCUUGCCAAUGUUCGGGUCACCAUCGUCGAAUUCUCUGUUUGGCUCCGCAAAAUCGGCCUUCGACGUACCGCCAUCGACGCAACCAUUCGGGUCAGUGGCGUCGACGGUCUUCGGAUCUGAGCCGAAACCUUUGAUGACAUCAUUCGCUGAUUCGCCAAAAUCGCAAUCUCUAUUCGGAAUGGAGCCCAAACCGUCUCUUUUUGGGGCGACCGAGCCGAAAGCGCCAUCUACAUUUGGAACCGAACCAUCCGCACCCCUUUUCGGCGCCGACCCGAAAUCGACACCGUUUGGAUCAGGAACCGAACAGAAGGCGCCCAUUUUUGGAACCGGCAGCGAUCAGAAGCCGCCGUCGAUAUUCGGAACCGAUCAGAAACCCGCAACCUUCGGAGCCGCCGAUAAUAAACCCUUCACGUUCGGUCCGCCUUCCAACGACACUGCGGCGAAGUCACAAUUUGCGUUCGGCGCCAAGCCGCCCGAGCCGAACAAGUCGUUUUUCGGCGCCGCGACGCCAGCUUCGACGCCGGCCGCCGGCGGUUUUAACUUUAACUCGACCGUCACGCCGACGACCUUCAACUUUAGCGCUCCCAAAAUUGAGAACGCGCUACCAUUCCAAAGCGCACCGAGCGCCGGCAAUAUCUUCAACGCCGCGCCCGUGCAGCCGCAGCAGCAGCAGGCGCAACCGCUACAGAACGGCGGCUUUAAUUUCGGAACGCCCGCUAACGCCAGCACGGGCAAUAAAACCGGCUUCAAUUUUGGCGCCACUAAUCAGUUCACACCCGCCGCCGCACCUGCACCGAACGCUGCGCCUAGCGCCACCACGGGAUUUUGGGGAAUGACAAACAACACAAAUGCAAAUCCUGCGGCGACGGCAAGCGGCUUCAAUUUCGGUCAGACAGCACCGGCACAAGCGCCCCCGUCAUUUAACGCGAACAUCAAACCAAACUUCAACUUCACCGCUGGAAAUAUGGUGACUGGAUUUUCCGCGACGCCCGAAAAUUCGCCGGUAACGCAGCGAAGGAGACUAAAAGCAGUAAGACGAAAUCCUCGAUAGUGUUAUUGCGAACGCGCCGUCGCAUGUAAAUAUAUUAUAGCAAUUAAUGUCCUGUGACAGUUAGCCUUAAUUUUAAGGUAUAUUUUGUAAAAAAAAUAUAUGCAUUCAAUGAGACGUUAAAAAUCAAGUUGUGUAACACUGAAUGAUGCUUUUCAGACCUGGUAUACUUUAACUACGAAAGUUUUGGAUUGGCUGUGAAUAUCCGAAAUGCGCGUUGAGCCCUUUCGGUACUUGUAAUAUAAUGUUGAAACGUUUUAGAAUUUAUUAUUAAAAGAAAAUUGUCAUGCGUAUUGUACGAUGUUCACAGUUGGGUCUUAAGCUUGAACGAGAACAACUGUUAAGUAAUAAUUAUAUAUUCCUACAUUGUACGUGUAUUAUAGUGUAGGUUUAUUACAUGGUCUGAUCCAUAGAAUUUAGAAUUUUUUACUGAUAUUUAAAGAUGAAUAAUUCGUCUCUUGUGGUUUAAUGAAAAUCAUUGAAAAAAUACUUCGAUGUAUAAAUAUUGAAAUAUAAUAUUUAUAUGAUUGCCAUAUUGGCUAUACUUUCUGUGAUAUUCUCAUGGGUCAGGCCCCGCACAUAUUCAUUAUAUGAUAAAACACAGACAAAUGUAUCAAAUAAUAAUGCACUUAUUUUCUACCGAAGGUGCGAUAUGUUUAUUAUUGUUGCCGAAUAAUUUUGUCUGUGUCAAAUAAAGUAGGCUCACUCCUUAUGUUCCUGCGAGUAAUCUAUUUUGUUGAUUGGAAACUGUAGAUAUUUUUAUAUAACGAUAAUGAAAGUGAUAUUUUCGCAACACAUUAUUUACCACCUUUAGUUUUUUAUUUUUUAAACCAAUUACGAUAAGGGUAAGAUAAUUUUACAUGGUACGUUAAAUAAUUGUGUUGCCGUAACUUUUAAAAAAGGAGUUAGACUGCUUGUGUAAAUAGUUAAUUUGAUUAAAAGAAUUUAAUUAGAUGAGAUCGAUGCUGAGAGUUCCAUUGGAAGUGGAUUUUCUGUUCUCUAGUGUACUCAAAUAUGUUACAAAACUGUAAUGGAACUUUCAGCAUACUUGUGCCUUUAUUUUUUUAUUUAUCUCGUUUGGCAAAAAAAAGCUUGGCCUAGUCUACGCUCCGUUAAAUUUGUUUAUUCUUCAACAAAAGGUUCGUUUUAAAUGUAUUUGCAAGAAAAAUACCAAUGUAUGUGUUGUCUCCAUAAGUAAUUUAUUUGUGUAAAUGAAGUUUAUUGUUUUGCCGAUUUAUUCGUAUGUGCAAGCCAAGUUUUUGUUAAAACUGUUUU